GAUAAUUGUUGUCAGCUCUGGGGUCCUAAAUUUCAAAACAACCGAAAUGGCGGCGUCUAUAAGAUGGAGUCUACAGCGUUUCGUACGGUCAAAUCAUUUGAGAUAUCCUGUAAAUGACAGAAAUCAAUGCUAUUCACUGUGGGCUGCUCGUAGAAUACAGCAUCAACAGAAUGAAUUCAAAUCAUUCUCAGUACGAAAACUUUCAAUUUUAACCCAAGACACACCAAACCCCAGAAGCCUAAAGUUUCUUCCUGGUAAACCUGUGCUGGGGACGGGGACUCAAGAUUUCCCAACAUCAGCCUCAGCAGAGAGUUCUCCUUUAGCCAGGGAUCUUUUCCAAAUCAGUGGAAUAAAAAGUGUCUUUUACGGACCAGAUUUUAUCACACUAACUAAGACAGAUGAUGAUGUUGAAUGGACAGAUAUUAAGCGACAUGCGAUUGAGGUCAUUAGUAAGUUCUUUGAGGGUGGAGAGGCCAUCACAACUGGAGCAGCACAUGCCGAGAGCAGUGUUACAGAGGAUGAUGAUGAAAUUGUCUCAUUGAUCAAAGAGCUUUUAGACACACGGAUCCGGCCUACGGUUCAGGAGGACGGCGGUGAUGUGAUAUUCAAAGGGUUUGAAGAUGGCACUGUGAAGCUGAAGUUGGUUGGCUCCUGUACGGGAUGUCCCAGCUCCACAGUCACCCUAAAAAAUGGCAUCCAGAACAUGAUGCAGUUUUAUAUUCCUGAGGUGGACAAUGUUGAACAGGUUCAGGAUGAAGUGGAUGAGAUCAACAUGAAGGUUUAUACAGAACUGGAGAAAAAGCUGCAAGAUGUAUAGCAUGAGACAACAUAUCGGUUUGCUGUCAUAGUUGCAGUGCAAUUCAGACACCCUAUAUUUACAGUUCAGAGUCUAAACUAUAGUAUAAUAUUUAACCAUGCACAAACUCAAUUGUUGUUUCGUUUCCGCUACAAUAAUGCAAGUACAAGAAAACUGAGCUUUGCACCUUGCGUAUGUGUUCUGGUUGUCACUUAAAUAUUCACUCUCUGAGUUUUAAGGUUCAUGAUUCUUACAAGUUGUCUGAGAGAUGCGGUUAAAUUGUAAACGGUUAUUUUUUUAUUACAUAGCACACUUAGCAUACAUUGUUGCAUGUUGCCGUUUCACCAAGAUGUCUGGUGAAUGCGGUAAUUAAAGAGGUAGUUCACCCACACACACACACACACACACACAAGUUUACUGACAAAUUAUUGGCCUUCAAGUGGCUCCAAAUCUUUAUGAAUUAAUAAUUUUUUUUUUUUGCUGAACACAAAAGAAGAUAUUUUGAAAAAUGUUGGAGACCAAUGAAAAACAGUUGCUUAAAAUAUCUUCUGCAUUCUGCUGAAGAGACUUAAACAGGUAUGUAACAAGUAAAGGGUAAAUAAAUUCCAUUUUGGGUGAACUAUCACUUUUUGAGCACAUUAAAUUCAGAUCUUCCACCGAGAAUGAUAAUAGUUGAAAGACUGCAUUCAUCUCCAGCUGCCAUUUUGCAGAUUUAAAUGACCUAUAAAAUUAAAAUAAAACAGUUGUGUUGACAUUAA